AAAAAAAAUAAGAUGUCACACCUGUAGGCUUUGACAACUUGCCACACACCUCUCCCUUCUUCAACUCGCACGCCAUCCAGGCGACCACACACAGUUCCCUCCCGCUGAAAAUCUAAUUUCUAGUCCAUUCUCUCAUUGUAACUUUUCGCCCUCUCUGAAUGAUUGAUGUCUUCUGAGCAAUUGGGUUUGGAUGAAGCAUCACUGGAAAAUUGGAAAUGGGAGGAAAUACCCUACAGACCUCACGAAAGAAUAUUCUAAUGGGUCUCUAUUAACUAGGUAGUACAAAUCUUUCCCCCCUUCAAUUCAUGUUUUUUCUUCUCCGAUAGUAGCUGGUAUUGUAGUAUAGAUUUGAAACAGUCCUUGCAUAAGGCGCUGAAUCUCUUUGCAAAGAUGGAGAGCCAGGUAAUUGAGUUCGACAUCGGUGUUGGAAGCGGAGGCGGGAGUGAAGACGAAGAUGGAGAUGGAGACGUCAUUCUAAAACUCAUGGCGGAUGACGAAACUGUGCCUGAAUAUUCUCACGCAAUAAACAACGAUGCAGAGUGUACUGUGGAUAGGAUAUACUUCCCCUCCGGGGACCUCGACCUGGAACCUUACGAGGGUAUGGAAUUUGAAUCAGAAGAGGCAGCCAAGGCAUUCUACAACUCGUACGCACGCCGUGUUGGCUUCAGCACCCGGGUCAGCUCAUCACGUCGGUCCCGGAAAGAUGGGGCUAUCAUACAGAGAUCCUUCGUCUGUUCUAAAGAGGGAUUUCGCAAUUUGAACGAGAAGCGUACCAAGGACAGAGAAAUCAAACGGCCGCGCAUAAUCACCAGGGUUGGAUGCAAGGCGGCUCUGUCCGUCAAAAUACAGGAUUCGGGCAAAUGGGUCGUAUCCAGUUUCGUCAGAGAACACAAUCACGAGUUGGUCCCUCCUGAUCAGGUCCACUGCCUUCGUUCCCACCGUCAGAUCUCUGGUCCCGCUAAGACCCUCAUAGACACCUUGCAGGCUGCUGGGAUGGGACCUCGGAGGAUCAUGUCCGCCCUUAUCAAAGAGUAUGGUGGAAUUAGCAAAGUUGGGUUCACAGAAGUGGACUGCAGGAAUUACAUGAGGAAUAAUCGUCAGAGGAGCCUUGAAGGUGACAUACAACUCCUACUUGAUUACCUGAGACAGAUGGAUGCCCAAAACCCCGAUUUCUUCUACGCUGUUCAAGCUGAUGAAGAUGAUCAAUUCAUGGGGAAUGUUUUCUGGGCAGAUCACAGGGCUAGAUCAAAUUACAAGUAUUUCGGGGAUGCAGUCACAUUUGACACAACCUACAGAUCAAACAGGUACAGAUUGCCGUUUGCACCUUUCACCGGAGUGAACCAUCAUGGCCAGCCGGUGUUGUUUGGUUGUGCGUUCCUGAUAAAUGAAUCAGAAGCGUCAUUUGUUUGGCUUUUUAAGACAUGGCUUUCAUCUAUGUUGGGUAAACCCCCCCUCUCAAUCACAACGGACCAUGACGAAGUGAUUCGAUCCGCCAUUACUCAGGUCUUCCCGGAGACUCGUCACCGUUUCUGCAAGUGGCAUAUAUUCAAGAAAUGCCAAGAGAGGCUGUCUCACGUGUUUCUCAAGUAUCCUAAUUUUGAAGCAGACUUUCACAAGUGUGUUAACUUGACAGAAUCCGUAGAGGAGUAUGAAUCUUGUUGGUUUUCUUUGGUGGAUAAAUAUGACCUAAGGGAUCACGAUUGGCUUCAAUACAUCUACUCAGAUCGUAGCCAUUGGGUGCCUGUUUAUCUGCGUGACUCUUUUUUUGCUGAAAUGUCUAUAACUCAGCGUAGUGAUAGCAUGAACUCUUAUUUUGAUGGGUAUGUGAAUGCAUCAACCAAUUUAAACCAGUUCUUCAAACUGUAUGAGAAAGCGUUAGAAAGUCGCCUUGAGAAGGAGGUUAAAGCCGAUUAUGAUACCUUGAAUGCCCUUCCUGCUUUGAAAACCCCCUCUCCUAUGGAGAAACAAGCAUCUGAGGUAUACACAAGGAAGAUAUUCAUGAGAUUCCAGCAAGAGUUGGUCGACACUCUCUCUUUCAUGGCAACCAAGGUCGAGGACAAUGGGGAUGUGACAAAGUUCCGAAUUAUAAAGUUUCUUGGUGAGAAAAAAACUUACUACGUCCAAUUUAACGUUCUUGAGAUGAAAGCCACAUGUAGUUGUCAGAUGUUUGAGUUCUCAGGUCUUCUAUGCGGACAUGUGUUGGCGGUUUUCAGAGUGACAAAUGUUCCAACACUUCCCUCUCAUUAUGUGUUGAAGAGAUGGACGAGGAGUGCAAAGAGCUCUGUUACACUUGAGGAACAGGUUCCAGGCUCGUUGAGUGGAUAUUUGGAAUCGCAUACUGUUCGGUUUAAUACGUUGAGACAAGAGGUUUUCAAAUUUGUGGAAACAGGGGCGGAAUCAGAGCACACUUAUAGUGUGGCAAUGGCUGCUUUGGGUGAGGCUUCAAAAAAAGUUUCUCUAGCAAAUGAGAAGAUCUCCCUUUUGAGUGGGCGUAACCAAAAUGAAUCAAAAAGUGAUGGUACCAGGGAGGGUACCAAUGCUGUGGAGGAUCAGAAUGUGACCUUCACAAAGCCAUCGUCUGAGGAUGACAUGGACAGGAAGAUCCUUGAACUUUCUAAUGAAUUGAUUAUCGCCAAUAGAAAAUGUGAAGUUUACCGUGCAAACCUUCUAUCAGUUUUGAAGGAUAUAGAAGACCAUAGACAAAAACUGUCAAUAAAGGUGCAAAAUAUAAGGUUUGGCAUUAAGGAUGGCCUCUGAAGAUUGUAUUUUCAAUCUUCUAGUUUUAAAUCUUCUUUGAAUUAGGAAUUGUAAGUUAUAUUCUCAGCUUCAUUCAGAAAGAUUAGUCUUGAUGACUAGCUAUUGUUUAAUUAGAUGGGCAAGUGCAAUCCUAUAGUUAAGUGUAUAGCAUGAUGCUGAGUUUUUGCAUGAGACUUGUCAAUGAUAUCCAGGGUUAGAUACUUAGAUAUGACAUCACAGGCAGCUUGGGCAGCUCAAUGUAAUGGCAGAGCAUCGAAACUGCCAGUAUGGGGUAUGGCAUGUGGCGGUAUUCAAGGAAUUGAAUGAUGCACCUGCCCAGCUUUACUUCUCUUUAUUUCACACGUAAUAUACGGCUGCUUGUUUUGAUAAAAAGCAGCCUCCAUUCCUCCAAUAGCUAAAUCUAAAGGGAAAAUUUUGG